AUGGAGUUUUGCAUUAGUCGACCAAGUGGUAGCAGGUUCAACGCCCUGGUCAGCCGGUAUAUAGCCUUCUCUUUGAGAUGGAGUACUGCUGAUUCUCAUUGUGACUUUCAGAACUGUCUCGAAAGGUUUGAUGCCGAGGCUGGAGAGAACGAUGCCAAACUCAUUGCAUUCCCUGAGCUAUGGAUUCCCGGGUACCCAAACUAUAUCCAUGCGCAUGCAGAGAAGGCAUGCACGGAAUACAACCUCAAGUACUACCGAAAUGCCAUCAAUCUCGACUCCGAGCACAUGGAGCGAAUUCGCUUAGGUGCCAGGGCAGCAAAGAUUAUGGUGGUUCUCGGAUUCGCAGAGAGAGAUCGAGGCAGCUUGUACAUGUCACAGACUUUCAUCGGUCCGGACGGUGAUGUCCUGCUGCACAGAAGAAAGUUCAAGCCCACCGCCCAGGAAAGAAUAAUCUUUGGUGAUGCCUCUGGCGACUGCGCCAAAAACGUCGUGGCCACACCGAUCGGGCGCGUUGGAGGCCUACAAUGCUUCGAGCACUUUCAACCCUUGCUCAAAUACAACACUUACUGCCAAGGGGAGCAGAUUCACGUUGCAUCGUGGCCCAAUCUAUUCGACCCAGUGGGAAAAAUGCCACUCUUCAACUCCAGAGAGCCUUGUACUUGGGCCAGUCAUACCCUUGCUGUUGAGGGGGGCACAUUUGUCCUUUUGGCUUCGUCGAUUCAGACAGAAAAGGGUCUCGUGGCACAUGGACUCGCUGCAGACAGCGACACAGAAGAAAAACCUCACACGGCCAUCAUUGGGGGCGGAUUCUCAGAGAUCAUUGCGCCAGACGGACGCACCCUUGUCAAAAGCUCAAGCUCGACCUUCGAUGGGAUCAUAUAUGGCGAAUUAGACUUCAACGAAAUUUACAUAGCUAAGAGCUCUGUGGAUCCUGUUGGACAUUAUUCCCGUCCAGAUAUCUUCACAUUGCAUGUGAACGACACUAUCAACAGUCAUACUAUCAUUGCGGAACAGAAAAAUAGCUUCGAUAACUUGUCCAAGUUUCCAGCCCUGCCGGUUGAGAAAAGCCAGCGCGCGAGCGAUCCGCAAAAUAUAUAA